AUGCCUAUGGAUGAUGUACCAUCAUCCCCACCGACAGAUCUGUCCACACCGGAACAUGCCCUCGUAUAUUACAAGUCGCAAUAUGAACAGCUCGAACAUGAACUAGCGGAAUUCCAAGAAUCUAGUAAGGAGCUGGAGGCGGAGCUUGAGAAGGAUGUGGAGGCCGCAGAGAAGAGGGAACGAACGCUGCAGGAGAAGGCAGAGAGCUUGGGAUUUGAGGUUGAGGAGUGGAAGACCAAAUACAAGCAAUCUAAGACAGAGGCGAACUCUGCGCAGAAUACCUUGCAGAAAGAAAUAACCACCCUGCGAGAUUCAAACCGGACAUUACAGCUGCGACUCCGUGAUAUCGAGGUACAAAACGAUGAUUUUGAACGGCAGGCUCGAAAUACAACUUCGUCGCUCGAAGAUCUGGAGUCAAAGUACAAUGUUGGGAUCGAGCGGGCUGUGAUGAUGGAGGAGGAGAUCAAGAUUGGUGAGAAGGAACGAGAGAAUCUGAGAAUCGAAACCCAGCGCUUGCGCGACGAGCUAUCUGAUCUGAAGAUCGAAGCGGAGAUUAUGCAAGAUAAACUACGCAAACGACAACUAUCACCGAUCGCAACAGAUAUCACUGCGCCCAGCUCCCCAGCGUUCGAUGGAGAGCGUUCUCCAGCUUCUACUGCCUCGUCGCCGAUGGUCACCACACCUCUGGACACCAAAUCAGUUUCAACUGCGGAUACAGUGUCUGAGACGCCUACACCGCCAUCUCCACCUAUGUCGGAGUCCUCUACUACUACCAAACCUGUCGCAAAAACACCCAUGAACCAUCCAAAGAGCAAACUGAAGCUUCCUUCUGGCGAUUCUAGUACGACACCAAAACCUUCAACUCGAAUCGCGUCAGGCACUUUGCGCAGCUCCUUCGGACCAACUGGACCAACAGCAUCCUCUCGCAUGAGGAAUGCCACCCCGUCCGUCAUCCGAAAUGCUAGAUCAAAAGCACCGGCCACCCGUGGCUUACCAAGUACUACUACUUCUACCUCCCUCACUCACAUCCGUACUCUCACCGCACAAAUGCAAAGACUGGAACAGCGGGUUCAGUCGGCAAGGUCCAAGCUUCCAGCACCGAUUAAUACCCCGCCACGCGCAUCUCCACGAAACGGUUCCGCUUUGGGUCAUAACCAUAUCCCUUCUAGUGUGACAAUACGGAGUAGGAAACGGACCAUCGGGAGCACAGCUAGUGUUUCUUCAAUUGCAACGGACGAUACCCCAUCUACGAAGCAUGUCAGCAGGCUAUCUACGUCUGGAAUCAGCCGUCUAUCUUUCGGUCCCCUUCCAAGUCGCGACAAUUCCGAGAGUAGGCCUAGCAGCAGAGCAAGUGCUAGCAGCUAUGUCCGCCCAGACCGUCCUGUGAGCAGAUCUGAACUCUCUCGGCCUGUUAGUAGAACCUCAAUGAGCGGGUCGCGGACCCCAUUGGGGCACUAUUCCCAAUCACAAAUUGCCGAGUCUCGGAGACCGAGAUCAAGCAUUGGCGGUAGCUAUCAAGCUUCACACGGACACGGCCAUUCCCAAAGUGUAUCCAAUAUCGAUCUUGACGAAGACCGACAAUUAGACUUCGCUACUCCAAACCGCCGGAGCACUUACGGUAAAGUGGACCUGGAAAAUUCCUCCCUCCCAGCCCCUACUUCCUCCCUUCCUCGGCGGAAGAGUGGCGGGAUUGCCAUGGGGAGAAGGACGAGCAGCAGUGGUCAGUUAAGAGACGGAGAUGGUAACGCUGCGGACGGUGCGAUGAAGCCGCCUGGGCGACCGAGAAAGAUUAGCGAGGUUGGAGAGACGUAUUGA